UGGGUGCCGGUAGCGGGUAGCGCCGGGCGAGCCGGGUUCCGCGGGACCGAUCACAGCGCCCGUGAAAACGCGUCGUCAGGUUUGCCAGCGUCCGCCGCCGCGGCGACAGAGUCAACAUCCGGCGACGCAGAGAUGCGCACGUUUCGGCGCUCGCCGAGGGGAGAAGGACGCCGCGAUCGCGAUUUCGGAACAUGAAAGCGAGAUGAAUGAUCGCGAUACGAGAACGAGGGCCUGAGGAGCGCUGGGCUUCCGGGACAGGACAAUCCGCGAGGGCGAUUCGAAAUCCGCCGUCUCGUCCGUGCGCUUGUCCACGAUCGUUUCUUAGUGUUGUCGCGUAUCAACGACCUCAUCAUCAUCGCCGUCGCCGUCGAUCCAUUGGACGGUCGCGACAGAACCGAUUCGCCGAGCGCUGCGCGUUUCGCUUUCUAGUCAUGUCAUCAGGAGCAGGUUCUAGUGGAACUGGGCGAGGUCGUGGUUCCUCCUUGGCAGACAAUAAACCAGACAGUAAAGAAGCUAAGCCAAAUCCAAAGAUGUCGAAAGCUUUAGGAACGUCCGCUAAGAGGAUACAGAAAGAAUUGGCAGAAAUUACGCUAGAUCCACCUCCGAAUUGCAGUGCAGGACCAAAAGGUGAUAACUUGUAUGAAUGGGUUUCUACCAUAUUAGGUCCUCCAGGUUCGGUUUAUGAGGGUGGUGUAUUCUUUCUUGAUAUACAUUUCUCACCAGAAUAUCCUUUUAAACCUCCUAAGGUUACAUUCCGAACGCGCAUCUACCAUUGCAAUAUAAAUAGUCAAGGAGUUAUUUGCUUGGACAUAUUAAAGGAUAAUUGGUCUCCUGCAUUGACAAUUUCAAAAGUCUUAUUGUCAAUAUGUUCCCUUUUAACAGACUGCAAUCCAGCUGAUCCACUGGUAGGUAGUAUAGCUACGCAAUACCUACAAAAUAGAGAAGAACACGAUCGCAUAGCACGGCUUUGGACCAAGCGCUAUGCUACAUGAGCAUAUUCUUUAUUCAUAUUAAACUCCUAUUAGUCUCAUGCCAACUUAUGAUCAUUGCUGCUCUCAUACAACUUGUCUCAUAUGUAGCGUGUACACAUCCUUAUGAUCAUGUUGGUCAGAAAACACAAGUGAGCAAAGACCGUUUGAGAUCAGCUCAAACAUGAUUGUGAUGUGCUUUUAUGUAGAGUAUGUAAUGUGCCUAAGGACGGAUGAAUGUGCGUGCAAGUGUUUAAAUAGUGUGCUAGGGCAUAACGAGACAGGAGUUUUUCACUUAAAAGUUACAAUGAGAUAGUAUUUAAAUGGAUUGUAUUGUUUACAAAAACAAUACCACGCACAAUGCUGCUAAUGUUUCUAGAAUAGGAGAUAACAUGAACAAUAUUGAUAAUCUAAACUGUAAGUAAUUAAUAGAUAUAUAGGCAAUAAGACGUAAACGUAGAGGCCCAUUUUUCCAUAUAAUUGAAUUCCCAUAUUUUUAUAUUGAAUUGUCUUAAAUUUAAAUUAUUAUGUUCACACAUGUGACGCCUGACUCAAAAUAUAGGCUAAUAGCAUGUAACUAUAAUUUAGCUAUGCUACAAAACUAUCGCAUACAAUUUUGUGUUCAUAAUACAGUAAUUGUAAUGUUCUGCAUGAAGCAGACAUUAAGAUUAUACUUGCGUAUCAGACAUAAUUCAAUUGUCUGGGCCCAUCCGCAAAAAUAAUAUUGUAAUUGUAAAUAAAUAUUAUUUACUGUAUACUUAUACGCUGGUACAUUCAAGAAAUCUUGUAAUUCUGACCUGGAUUUAUAUUCUGUCUAUACCAUAUAUGUGUAUGUAUAAAUUAAUGUUUUAAUGAUUGCACUGAU